UUUAGGACACGGAAGCGGUGGUGGAUACUGUGUUGAAUUGGAAAUAGACGGUAUAGUUUGUAUUAUACAGAUAAAAAUACAUAACAAUGGUGAAUGCUUGUUGUGUAACUAACUGCCAUAAUCGCACUCAUGACCGGCAUGGAAACCGUAUUUCAAAUGGAGUGCGAUUUUUCAGCUUUCCCGCCUGGAAACAACACGUUGGAUCUCAGGUCUCCGAGUUAACAAAGCGGCUUCGCAUGGCAUGGGUAGCAGCAGUAAGAUGGAAAAACAUCACCUUCAACAACAUUCCCCGACACAUGUUUGUUUGUUCACGGCAUUUUCACAAAGGCAAACCAGCCUAUGAAAUGCUAGAGUGUGAUCCUGACUGGGUACCAUCAUUACAUCUCGGGCACACAGAAGUUAAAGCAACGCACUCUGGGCGGUUUAACCAGAGAAAACAGAGACAGCAAGCUGUCACAGGGAAUAACGCUGCACCUGCACCACUUGAUCUAGCUGGCCAGAGACCAGAGAUGGAUGAAGCUGCAACACCAGAUGGUGCAUCACAGAUGGAUGACACUGGUUCAAAAGACAACACUGCAGAACAGCAGGAAUGUCUUUUUUGUAGCUGCAGGCGUGUCGAAAUUAACCGCUUGUUGAAGGAGAACAGGAGACUGAAGGAAGAGCUCUCUCAAAAGAAGAUGGAGGAGGAUUUCUUAAAAGAUGAUGACGUGAAGGUCAGGUACUACACUGGGCUUCCAUGUUUUGCGGUUCUGAUGGGUGUGCUGACACAGCUUCUUCCCUGCCUGCCACAGACCGGCCGAAAACUUUCACCUUUUCAGAUGCUCCUCUCAACUCUGAUGUGCCUGAGGCUGAAUCUGCCAAUCCAGCACAUUGCAUACCUGUUCUCUGUGGCUCGAAAGACUUUGUCCACCACAUUCAGAGAUACCAUAGGUACAAUGUUUACACAUCUCAAACCCUUGGUGCACUGGCCAGAGAGGCAUUGCUUGCAAACCACCAUGCCACAUCAGUUUGUAGAGGCUUUUGGCAAUCGUGUAGCAGUUAUUGUGGACUGCUUUGAAAUUCGCAUUGAAUGAGCAUCAAAUCUCAAAGCUAGAGCGCAGACAUUUUCCCACUACAAACACCAGCACACCAUAAAAUAUCUCAUUGGCAUUACACCACGGGAGCUAUCUCUUUCAUUUCCCAAGGGCGGAGAGGUCGUGUCAGUGACAAGCAUGUGACUGAGAAUAGUGGCCUUCUUAAUAAACUAUUGCCUGGGGACUUGGUGUUGGCAGAUCGCGGAUUUGACAUCAGAGACAGUGUUGGACUGAUGUGUGCAGAAGUGAAAAUACCUGCAUUCACAAGAGGAUACAGCCAGCUGGAUGCAAAAGAUGUAGAGGAGACAUGCCAGAUAGCUCACCUCAGGGUUCACGUGGAGAGGUUGAUUGGAUGUGUACGCACAAAGUACACCAUACUAAGUGGAAUUGUACCAGUGAGCAUGGUACUACCAUGUCAAGGUGAGGACAUGACAUUCCUUGACAAGAUUGUGACUGUAUGCUGUGCCUUGACUAAUAUGUGCCCUAGCGUUGUUAUGAAACCAUAAACUAUGACAUUAAACAUGUUCACUAUGCAUGAACAGCAUAUCCUGCGUUAUCAGUGUAAUUCAUGUUGCAUACCACCUGUUACCAUAAUA